UGGAUAAAUACUUCAGUUCCAGCUCAGGUUGUCCCCUGAAAUCUUUCGUGAGCAUUAUACACACUACAUAAACUUCAUAAACUCAAAAUCGGCAAUGUUCCAACCGGAGUAUGAACAACGGUUGCUGCAGCAGAUGGCAGGCACCAGCAGCUCCGGUAACGCGGGAAAGCAGCAACUGGAUCUGCGAUGCAUUCCCCAAAGGACAAACAGUCAGGCCGCCCGAAAUUUUGAAUUGCCGAACGACCUGAACCCAGAUCAUGCAGAGCUGCAAGUAAAGAACGACAAGGUGGUGUGCCACAGUUCUCCCUAUGCCUGUCUGCUGCGCAACGAGUACCUGGGCACGAAGAUCGCCUCCCUCGAUCAGUGUAAGGUGAACGCUAAGAUUCAUGCAGAGACUGGCGACUUCAAGGUGACAGAAAACACGCGUCUUUACCGAUAUGGAAACCAGAUAGAAAGAAAUGAGUGUGAGUCUUCACUGCCGGCACUGCGAGUGCCUUUCGCAACCGUUAGCGAGCCAAGCCAGCGGCUGCUUAGUUGCUCGGCUAAAAGGCCCACCCGAAGGCUCUCGCGGGUCCCGUACAAGAUACUCGACGCCCCCGAGCUACUGGAUGAUUUUUACUUGAAUCUCAUCGACUGGUCAUCGGAUAACAUUUUGGCCGUGGGCCUGGGCUACUCAGUUUACUUGUGGAAUGCAGUCGAUGGCCAAGUGACGCGGCUUUGCGACUUCAGUCAGGAGGAUAAUCUGGUAACGGCGGUCAGCUGGCGGAACGGAGGCGGCGACGCCCAUGAGGUAGCUAUUGGCACGCAAAGUGGCCAUGUCAGCAUCUGGGAUGCCGGACGGCAAAAGCAGCUCAACCGGUUGGGAGGGCAUACGGCGCGGGUGAACGCCCUGGCGUGGCGAGGUAAUAAUUUAAGCAGUGGCUCCCACGACUGGUCCAUCCUGCAGCGGGACGUACGCACGCCACCGCUGCAUAUUACGCGGUGCCUUCGGGGACAUGUAAACGGCGUUUGUGGUCUGGAGUGGUCACCGUCCCUUAAGUACUUGGCCAGCGGUGGCAACGACAACAGGCUUUUGGUGUGGACGGAUAAUAGUCCAGAGCCCAUCUAUGCCUUCGAGGAGCACAAGGCGGUGGUGAAGGCUUUAGCCUGGUCGCCGCACAAAUCGGGCCUACUUGCCAGUGGUGGCGGCACCACGGACGGUUAUUUGCGCUUCUGGAACGUGCUUACCGGCAAGAUGGUGCAAUACAUAGACACCGGUGCCCAGAUCAGCAACCUGGCUUGGUCGCGUAAUACCUCCGAGUUGGUCACCACGCACGGGUAUUCCCAGCCGCAGGUUAUUGUAUGGCGCUACCCCUCUCUGAAGCAGGUGGUCCGCCUUUCCGGUCACACGCAUCGCGUGAUUUAUCUGGCCGUCAGUCCCGACAACGAAUCGUUGGUAACGGGCGGAGGGGAUGAGACACUGCGCUUCUGGACAGCGUUCACCAAAAUACAGCCUGCGAAAGUGCCUAAUUCUGUGCUCAGCUUGAAUCAAAUCAUCAGAUGAAACCGAUUUAUCUACAUAUUCUUUUUAUAUUUUAUAAAUGUUUCGCUAAGCAAAAUUUAAAUGUUU